AUGUUUGCAUACACUACUGUUGGUGAUGAGAUGGACAACUUUCCCAUGUAUCAAUUCAAAGAAAAAGGAGAAAUAGAGCCGCUAUAUGAAAGGAUCGAAUAUUUGAGCUUGAUAUCGGAAUCCCCGGAUAUUAAAACGGUGGUGGAGAAUAUCUCUGGCCAAUAUUUUGUCUACAGAAGAAACGACUUCCAACAGAUCUGGAAGCUUGUCAAGUACAUAACAGAUUCUGACUCCAAGCAUUACUCCAUAGAAGCAGCAUCGGGAACAGACAUUCUUUCCUGUCGUUCACAAGAUGGCCAUAUUUCCCUCAAUAUUUCUCAAAGCACCAUUCUCCAGAAUAACUAUGUUACAAGAUACUUAAAGUUUACUAAAACUAUUCCUGCCAAAAGUUCCCUACAUCAUGAAACACGUUACCAUUGCCGUGUAAAUGUGGAUGAGAAGGCAAAGUGGAACAAAGAUCUUGUUACUUUUAUUUCCCAAACCUUUUCAAAGUGUAAAGUGGAGAUAUUGCUGGACAUUGAACUUCCGUUUGAACUUGAACGCAUCAGACCUACAUUCAUCCAAAAACAAAUCGCUUCCCACUCGAACCUCAGUCCGCUUAAUUAUGCCGAGAUUAAUAAUGAACUAUCCGUUGAUAUGUAUGAAUACUUGUGUUUGUUACAUGUCGAUGGUCUUCCCAAUAGAAGCGACGAACAUGUCAAACUCACAAACAUGUACGAAAUCCCACAGGUUCCACUUUUGAGAGAGAAUCCUGGUUUUUCUACGUUGUACUUAACUGUGGCUGCCGAUGUGAACCCUUCCAUUGUGUCUGCGUUGAGUGCUAACACUCAUGUUUUAUCUUUUUUUGCAAGAACCAGAACACAUAAUUUUAUGGUUCUUCAAUCCAGAAACUCCUAUUUGUGGAAGGUAACUCAAGAUAACAAAGAAAUAUGUUAA